UAUUGUGCAGACGACGAACAUGUGUUUAUUUCCUGGUAUUACAUGUCUGGCCAUUUUCCUGCCAUAUUUCUGGCUUCUUUGUAUGCCAUUAUAUGGCUCAUUUAGUGGAACUGAACCUGUCGUCAGAUUUUCAUUGAUGAUGCAAUUUCAAGCAAUAAUUAUGUCUGCAUUUCCAGUUGGUUUGGUCUCAUUUAUUCCCUGCUUAGAACUGGUGACACUAUGCGUACUGAUGUGCCUUCCAGUCAGCCUUACCCCAUUCCCAGUGGUGUGGCUAUAUGAUAAACUCCUGUGGCUCAGUGAACCGGUAUGGAUGUUGACAGAAGUAUUGAUACCUCUAGAAUGGGCAAUGGCCAUGAGUCAGAAGGCUGUGGACAGACUGGAUGAGGAACCCACAAACCUGGCAAAGGGAAUGAUACUAGGUUUGUCAACCCUUUGCUAUGCUGUGGUGUUAUAUUUUGGUAUAGAACUAUAUAGGUUAUAUAGUGAUUCAACCCUAACUGUAUGCAUGCUAUGUAUUCUUUUGGCACUGUCUGUUCUCUGCCAUAUUAUGAUGUGGAAAGUUGAUGAAGGCAUAAUUGUUGAUGCUGCAUUUGUGAGUGUAUUCAGCAUGCUAUUCCUGUACUGCUAUCACAUAGAAAGGGUAAUACUGCAAAACCCACUACCAAAACCUGAUACUUGGAAAAGGAUUGAGGGCAGCAUAUCAUACCUAGGAUUGCUGUAUUCAUUUACCAACGCAAGUCUGUUAAAUGCCAACCGUGCCAUGCAGUUCAUGAAGAAGCUGUUUUCACCUGUGUUUGUGUUGUUUUCUCUACUGAGGUUGUUCAGUGUGUUGACAGCAGUUGGUAUAGUUGUCAGGAAAGGCUCAGAUCAGGAAGAAGAAUGUGAUAUGGGCGAUGAUAGAUUUGAAAUGCAUUUUGACUCACUUAUACGUAAAAGUCCAGUCGUAGUAAGACUAUCAGUGAUCUUUGUCUAUACACAGUUAGUGACACACCAUCUCCAGUCAGCUGUCAUUGAGCCAGCAGUUGGUACAUAUGCUCUGCCUCUUAUGAAUACCGCCAGGAUCUCACAGGCUUUACUCAUACAGGGGAUAUAUCUUUACAAAAUGUGCAAUCAAUACAGAGAUGAGAAUGCUGAAUGAAAUUUUGUAACUAUAUUUUUUCUU